AUGAAACCUAUUUCUUCAAAAAUAAUUUCAAUAAAUAUUAAAAGGAGUCGAAAUCUUGUUCGGAAGUUGGUAUUGAAUGGAAAAUGUGUUAUUAAUGAUUCUUUAUUGUUAUAUAUGGCUAAGUUCUGCUGUAAUCUUACUCAUUUGACUUUAACUAAAGGCUUUAAUUAUGAAUUGCUUUCACGUUCUAUUUCUGCUUUUUCCUCCCUUUUAUCAUUAAUAUUUUUAUAUGAAAUUGAACUUUCUGUUGUUGCACAGGUAAUGUCUAAUGUUCCAAGUAGUCUUCAAAGAUUUGAAGCGAAGAAACUUUUAGUUAAUUCUAUUCCAUUUUGGGGUCAGAUACCAACAAAUAUUAGAAUAGUAAAACUAAUUCGAGCUGAUAUUUCUCUGUGUAAUAAUAGAGAACUUUCUUUUUAUGUUAGUGAUAUGCUAAAAAUAAUUCCAAGUGUUACGCAUAUUUUUCUUAAUAAUUGGAUAGAAAAUUUAGUACUGGAUGAUUAUGAUUUUUUAUAUUUAGAUGAAUUAGAUGUUUUAGAUUUAUCUGGAUCUAGGCUUUUACGUACGCCAUUGAUGCCUAAAACUCUUCUUGAAUUAAAUCUUUCAUAUUUAGUUGGAACUGAUUUAUCUUUUUCUAUACUUCCGAAUUUUGAUUGUCUUCGGUAUUUAAAUUUAUCAUAUUCGUCUAGAUUAUAUUCGGAUGCUGUUAUAGCAUUAACUAGUUUUUCUGGUCAUAAUUUAAAAGAGUUAUUUUUGGAUUCAUGUCCUCAGCUCGAUGCAAAUUGUAUAGUUAAUCUUGUGUUGUCAUGUAAAUUUAUUGAGAGAUUGUCUUUAAGUGGUAAUUCAUGGGUUGAUGAUUCACUUUUAACUGUUGUUGCUCAUGAAUUAAAAGUAUUGAAAUAUUUUAAUUUGUCUAGUUGUUUUGGCAUUUCUGGUUUUGGUGUAGUUGAAUUAGUAAAUACUCGUUCAUCUUCAAUUAUGCAUAUAGUUUUAAAUGGUUGUCAUAAUGUUUCGUUAGAUUCUGUAAUUUGGAUGAGACAAUUAGGCAUUAAUAUCGAUUAUAAAUUUGAAAUAAGUUCUCGUAAUAAAGUAUAUUGA